AAGAAGCGUGAUCCGAAACAAAUGGUGAUAGUUUGUUUGUUUUUGCUGAAAGAGAGAGAGAGAGCCUAAAAUUCCUCAUGACUCUCUCCUACCAUUCUCCAGCACUCAUCAUCAUCAUCAUCAUCUUCCAGUCCAAAUUCAAUCUCAAUAUUACCACCACACCAUUACUUCAUUCAUACUUCUCCACUCUCUCCUCACAUUUCUCUACUCCCAAAAGUUUACUCAAGAUGAUUAAUUGUCUACAAUCAUUUCAGCUUGAUUUAGCUUGAUCAGAGUCUGAAAAGAUGGCUACCAGAAAGUUGCGAGGAAGUGGAUCGGAGAAGUCUCUGUCAUCUGCAGAGCAGCACGCGAAGGUUAAUGAGAUUAAAAAGUUCGUCAGUCCUAUUGCCAAUAAGUUUCCGGUGCUGUGUUCAGAUGCAUCAAUAUUAAGGUACCUCAGAGCAAAGAACUGGAACACGAAGAAGGCAAGCAAGAUGCUGAAAGAAACUUUGAAAUGGAGGCUGGAAUACAAGCCAGAUAAAAUCCGUUGGGAAGAUGUUGCCCAUGAAGCCAAGAUUGGGAGACUUUACAGAGCUAACUGCUUCGACAAGAGUGGAAGGACUGUUCUUGUUAUGAGACCUGGCUUCCAGAAUGCGAGCUCAAUAGAUGGGCAAAUCAAAUACUUGGUAUAUUGCAUGGAAAGAGCCAUAAUGGAUUUAAAACCAGACCAGGAGCAGAUGGUGUGGUUAAUUGAUUUUCAAGGGUGGAACAUGUCAAGUAUAUCAGUGAAAUUGACUCGGGAAACAGCUCAUGUCUUGCAGGAUUGUUACCCAGAGAGGCUGGGCAUUGCAAUCCUCUACAAUCCCCCGAAAGUCUUUGAAUCCUUUUGGUUGAUGGUGAAACCAUUUCUUGAGCCAAAGACAUACAAGAAAGUGAAGUUUGUCUUCUCUGACCCACAAAGCCAGAAGGUAAUGGAAGAGCUAUUUGACAUGGACCAGCUGGAAUCUAUCUUUGGUGGUAAGAACUCUAUCGGGUUUGACUAUGAAACUUACGCGGAGCGUAUGAAGGAGGAAGACAAGAAAAUGAGCGAUGACAUUAGUUCCGGAUGUUCCUCUCCUUCUCCAUCAAACAUAUCCGAGUUUCAGCAAUCAGACACGGCCUCAGAUGGUGGUUCCGAAGCCUCUGAUGAAGGUGACUCUUCCCCCACUGAUGAAAAAAAUACUUCAAACACGGAGGGUGUCGAUGAGAAGAUAGAAGGUCCUCCGCUUGGCUGCAAAGAUGUGGCAAAUGUUGAUGAAGUAGUAGAUGCCACAAAAGAGGGUGGUGAGAAAUGAGGUUUGAAUUUAGGUUCAUAGUUAAUGAUUUUUGUUCUUUUAUGUUUUGAGGGCUACCAAUUCUUUAUUUUUUGGCACAUAAUAUAGGGGGCCAAAAUUAAGUAAUAAGAAUGCUUCUCGACCAAUUUCUGUAUUAACCAAUGUAAAUUUUCUGGUAUACUCGUAAUUUGACAGAUAGAACGUUUACUCAUAUGUAAUUUUGUUUUUUAAUGGACAAAUAAUUUACGAUGGAAGCCUAAAAGGCUUAUAAUUAGGGCCUUUUGUUGUAAGUACCAUUGAAGGUUAAUAAAAUAAAUAGAGAGGGUUGCCAAUA